GAGGGGGUGGAGCCGGGGAGGUGGGCGGGAACCUGGCUGAGACCGAAGAGGGUGGGCCGGGUCCACCCCGGCCCGCCCCUCUGUCCUGGCCGCCUGGGCUCAUUCGGAGGCUAGCCCGGCGGUGACUCGGUCAGACGCCUUCGCUGCACGCGCGCGGUCCGGAAGAGUUCCGUCAUCCGGGGUAAACUGAGGCUCGGCCAUGUGCGGCAUCUGGGCGCUGUUCGGCAGCGAUGAGGGCCUGUCGGCGCAAUACCUGAGCGCCAUGAGCGUCGCCCACCGGGGCCCCGACGCUUUUCGCUUCGAGAAUGUGCACGGCUUCACCAACUGCUGCUUCGGCUUCCACCGGCUGGCCGUGGUGGACCCCGUGUCCGGCAUGCAGCCCCUCCGCCUGCAGAAGUUCCCCUCCCUGUGGCUGUGCUACAACGGCGAGAUCUACAACCACCGGCAGCUGCAGAAGCACUUUGGGUUUGAGUACCAGACACAGGUCGAUGGGGAGAUCCUGCUCCACCUCUACAACAAAGGGGGCAUCGAGCAGACGGCCCCCAUGCUGGAUGGCGUCUUCGCCUUCAUCCUGCUGGACACUGCCAACCGCAAGGUGUUCUUGGGGAGGGACACGUUUGGCGUCCGGCCGCUGUUUAAAGCGCUGACGGAUGAAGGAUUUCUGGCCGUGUGCUCUGAAGCCAAAGGCCUGGUCAACCUGAAGCACCCCGCGGCCCCCCAGCUGCAGAUCACCCCUUUCCCCCCCGGCCAUUACGAAGUCCUGGACUUGAAGACCAACGGGAAGGUGGUGUCUGUGGAGCUGGUGAAGUUCCACCAGUGCCGGGACCCCCCCCUCCACGCGCUCUACGACCCCCUGGAGAAGCUCUCCUCAGGCCUGGAUCUUGAAACAGUGAAGGGCAACAUCCGGCUGCUCUUCGACCGCGCGGUUCGCAAGCGCCUGAUGACGGACCGGCGCAUCGGGUGCCUCCUGUCAGGCGGUCUGGACUCCAGCUUGGUGGCCGCCACGCUCCUGAAGCAGCUGAAGGAGGCCGAGGUCUCCUACCCGCUCCAGACCUUCGCCAUCGGCAUGGAGGACAGCCCGGACCUGCUGGCCGCCCGGAAGGUGGCGGCCCACAUUGGGAGCGAGCACCACGAGGUCCUCUUCAGCUCCGAGGAGGGUCUCCAGGCCCUGGACAAGGUCAUCUUCACCCUAGAGACCUACGACAUCACCACCGUCCGAGCGUCCGUCGGCAUGUACCGGUCUCCGUACAUCCAAAACACGGCAGCGUUGCGUCUUCCGGGAGAGGGGCUCGGGAAGUCACCCAGGGUCUCUCCCACCAGGAUUGGUAGAGGAACCCCCCUGGAAAACUCCAGACUCUCUCCAUUACCCUCGGCCGAGACCCAGGAGGAAGUAAAGGCUUCUGAAGGGCUCACCUCUUUCGUCCUCGGGACGGACCCCCGGCAUGGUGGGUAUCUGGGGCUCACGGGACCCUCGGCCAGGGCCCAUGCCUCCCCUGGGCCCCCUCCCUUCGGGCCGCCCCAUAAAGUCCCUGCUGAGCCACCUGGGAUGGGCCGAGGGCCCGGAAUGAGGAUGUCCGAGGGCCAGUGGCCGGGCCGGGCGGGGGGGGGCCCACCAGAGCUCCUGGAGCCCCGCCAUUGGCGGGGGGCAGUGUCCAAGGGACAGGAGGACAAGGUGCCUCACCCAUGCUUGUGGCCUCCCAGGCCGGGCCAGUGGGGAAGGAGCUGGGCAGAAGGGGAGCCUCUGCUGCCCAGCCCCGCCCCCAGCAGCGGGACCGUAACUCACGGCCGCCCCUGGUCAGAAGCGCGUCAGGGCCUCGGGGAGGCGCCGGGGCUGGGGGUGCAGCCCUCUCCCCACUUCUGUUCUCUCUCCAGCCUAGAGCUGCGGGUCCCGUUUCUGGACCACAGAUUUACUUCCUAUUACCUGUCGCUGCCCCCAGAGCUGCGGAUCCCAAAGAACGGGGUGGAGAAGCACCUGCUGCGGGAGGCCUUUCAGGACUGCGGCCUGCUGCCCAAGGAGAUCCUCUGGCGGCCCAAGGAAGCCUUCAGCGACGGCCUCACCUCCGUCAAGAAGUCCUGGUUCACCAUCCUCCAGGAGCACAUCGAGCAUCAGGUCUCUGACUCGCUGCUGGAGAACGCUGCCAAAAAGUUUCCCCUGAACACUCCGAAGACCAAGGAGGGCUACUACUACCGGCAACUCUUUGAGAAGCACUACCCCGGCCGAGCCGACUGGCUCCCGCACUACUGGAUGCCCAAGUGGAUCGAGGCCAGCGACCCCUCGGCCCGCACGCUGGCGCACUACAAGUCGGCCGCCAAGGAGUAGCCCCGGGCGGGCCAGGCCGGCCCCGGCUCCCGGGAGGCGGCGGCCAGGGGCCCUCCCCGCUCUGUACCCGCGCAGCCCAAUAAAGUUUUCAGCCAGAUGCCACGCAGGCUGUUUCCCGGUGUCCUCUCUGUGCUUCCCUCGCACAAGGGUCUAAGGACACCGAAUAGCUGAGUUACGGUGGAUAAGGAUGCUGCCCAUGGUGGGGCGGGGGCGGGGCGACGGGGCCUGUCCCCAGGAGGCGCAAGGGGCGCAGGAAGCCUGGUCCUCAGGGACCCAAGGCGGGCUACGGGACCCGCGCCUGUCCCGGCUGUUCAGUCUCUGAGAGUCGGCGGUCCCGGGGCGGCUGCAGAACCGGCCCCGUCACCGCCGGGCUCGGGCUGAGCUUAUACCAGGGCAAAGCAGAAAGAAGUCCUUCUGAACCUGGCGACUCGCAGCAAACGGGCCCCACUGGAACAGGAACUGGACUGUCCGAGGAACCACAAAUCUUCCGGACUUUGUACUGUCUAAAAGCAUAUAAUAAAAUCACCAUUUUCAAAGCCGA